AAGCCUAUUAUCAAGAAGACAACGCAGUAAAUAACUUCAAAUUAUUGAAUAAUCUUAAUGAAGAAAAUCACAAAGAAGAGUCAACUGUUGACAAAAUUAUUAAAGAUCUCAAUCAUUCGACCAAGAAUAAUGAAGCUUUUAGUUCAUUAUUUAUAAGCAAUAAUGAUUUUGAGGUAUUAAACAAAAUCAUAACUAAAAUUAAUCAGUACAGAAAUCAAAAGAAUGCUCAAAUUGCAAAACUCGAAGCUGAUUAUUAUUUAGGUGAACUGAGAAAUAAGAAUAAAGUCGAUAAAAAGUUUCUAAACGAAAUUAGAAAAAAACUUACGAGAGGACUUGGAAAAGACAAAUUAGCCAAAAGAUGGAAGUCAA